AUGGUUAGAACUACAAGAUUGUGUCAGGUUUUAGGCAGAAUUUUAGGAAGAGCCUUAGGUAGACAAGUUAGUGGUGAUGCGGAAGAAGGCUCUCAGCGUCGAAAGCCGACAAUAUUGGCACAUAGAGAACAAGCACAUGCAGCUGUUGUAGAGGAUUUUGAGAAUGUGGAUAAUGCUGCUGACAAGGUUCAUGAGAAGUCUCAUGAUCCAUUUACAGAUCAUGUAGCUACUGAUACAAAGGGUUUUCCAGACGGGUCCCAAGAUACAUCGGUGUUGAAGGAUUAUGCUUAUCAUGUGGCAGUUAAAGUUUGGGCAGGAGAGAUAUUGGCCUCUCAUGGGAGGAAGGUAGAGAAAUUUGGAAGGCAUGCACCAAAGAUUGAAGGCAUUGUGGCUGCUACGAGAUUAAGUUCUCUGAUUACAUGUUCGUUGGACAAGGGACUUUUAUCUGCUUUUGCGGAGAGGUGGUGUUUGCGGCCGACAAGUGUACCGAAUCGCACAAGUAUAUAA